AGGAUUGGCUCAAGCCCUCACUCAGCGCGGCAGCCGAUCUCCUAGGCAGCACCGAGCCGAAGAUCCCGGGCCAUGGAGACUGACGUGGACGCGUAUUUCGCGCAGCACGAUGUCCCCAGCAUGGUCAGCGACUUGCUGUUCGAAUUGGGGUUCCACCGCCCGAAGGACGUGGGGAAAUUCAUGUCCACCUUCGUCGACCGGCGCUUCCGCCUGGACGGCUCCCCAGGCGGCAAGCAGAGGUCGCGGACCGCCGUAUUGUCGGACGUACCCAUGGAAGACGAUUUCAGUACGGUGGAAGUCCGUGCCGCGGUGAACGCGAUGGGCGCCGACGCCGCGCGGGCGGGGUCCUUGCUGGAGGAGGCCCGGACCCUUCGCCGCAAGUACCGCGAGCACCAACCCAGGGCCCCACAGGGCGGGGAGGCGGCGUCCGCGGACAAAGGCGGCUCGGUGGCGAUCGCGUGGCCCGAGUUCCGCGCCGACUACGAGCGGUUGUUGGCGAUCCUGGGCAGUCCCCAGGUCUGGGCCUUCUGCGAAAGAAGGCUGGCGCAGCUGCGGGGCCUGUUCGAAGUCCACGAGGCCCUCAACGGCGAGGCGGAGGAGGCCGAAGCGCUCGCCGCGCCGCCGCUUCCCAGAGUCGACUGCUGCGUGCAGCUGGCCCGGGCGCUGGCGCCCUGCCGCGUGAUGGAGCUCUUCAGGCGCAGGGUGGAGGGCGAGGACGCCAAGGGCGCGGAGGUCGCGCCAGGCAAGACCUUGGCAGACUUGGCGGAGCAGUUGGGAAGGCCUCCAUGCCCGUCGGACCUCACCUGGGACGCAGAUGUGCCGAUGCCGAGCGCCAGCACCUUGUGCGGGGUGUUCUCCCGUAUAUCCAACCACGCCAGGGGGCAAUUCCUAGCCGAGGCGGUCUUGGCAAGCUUCGGCCUCCUCGAGGCAACGGAUGCGGCGAGCGGCGGCGCGGCGUACGCCGAGUACCGGCUGCCCCUGAGCCCAGAGAGCGGCUCGUGGGGCGACAUGGCUCGCUGGGCUGAGGAGUUCAACGUGAAGAGCGAUCGAGCUCGAUGGGUCAUACAGCUCCCCCAAGCAGCGUAUGCGGGAUUGAAAGAGCGCCGCUCCGUACUCAAUUUUGGAGAGCUGCUCGAGAACGCUUUCGGGCCACCCACCACUGCCUCGAUGGAGGGCGCGGAGAAGCGGGUCGCGCUGCACAAGCUACUCGAGGAUGUGUGCGCCGUGGAGCUCGCAGCCGCGCCCCACGGGCCCCAGGCGCUGGGGGCGGAGGCUGACCGAGAGCCUUCGGAGUGGACGGCGGCGCAGAGCCCGCCGCUAGCCUAUCAACUCUUCCACGCGUGGACGCGGCUGAAGGCGCUAAAUGCUUCGCGCGCCGUCGCGGGGCUCCAGGAGCUGCCCUUGCGCUGCGCGGCGGCUUCGGCGGAGCCCUUGGCGUGCGGCUACAUGCUGGGCGCCACGGGGGUGUCCAGGUGCGGCUCGCUGCCGGAGCACGCGCCGCUGCAGUACCUGUUCGUGCUGGACGAGGUGGACGUGGCGGUGUCGCUGAGCUCCAGGCGCUCUCUGGGCGGCGCGGGCGGACAGGGGGCGCAGGCGUUCUCGCGGCUGCUCCGGGCCGGGGUCCGCGUCUCGCUCUGCACGGAGGACCCCACCAUCUCGCAGCAGUGCGACCAGGCCCUCGCGCUCGAGUACGCCCUGGCGCGGAGCGCCCUCGGUCUCUCGCAGGCGGACGUGGCCGAGGUCGCGCUGAACUCCUCCGCUCGCUGCGGUUUCCCCGAGCUGCGGGCCCCCGGCGAAGCCGAGGGCAGAGACGGCGCGGGCGCCGAGGGCCCGAAGGACAAGAGCAUCCGCGAGCGCUACCGGCGGGGGAGGCGCGACGCGGAGGCGGCUCUGCUGGCGCGCCUGGCGCCACUCUCGGCUGCCGGCGCUGGCGCGCCUGCGGCCCCGAAGCCGGGGCCAGCCUCUUCAAGGAGCCCCUGAGUCGGCCGGCGAUGGUCGCCGUGAGGGGUCCGUCCGGGCAAUUGGAGCAGAGCCUCGGGAGGAGGAGGAGUUCCAUCAUUGUCUUGGCGUGUGCCCCGGGGCUCCCGACCCCCCCUUCCCCGCGGCCAGCUUCUCACCCCGGGCCGUUCUUUGAUAGCCCCCAGGGCCCUCGGGAAGGAAGCGGACCGCGCGCUGGCCGCCAGAUUGCGCGCGGCCCCCCGGCGCACCUCGACGCGCCGGGCGGGCCGCCGGCCUUGCCGAGGGGCGGCCCCUCCCACGCUGGCCGUGAGAACAGCUCGCGGCGGGCCGCAGGAGAUGCGCCCACGAAAGAUCCU